AUGGCAGGCACGGAGGAGCUUCCGAAAGGCAACCACGAGAUGCAUUCACACAGGAGACGAACCAUGUUCACUGAGAAGCAAUUGGCAGCUUUGAAAGUCUUGUAUGAUAAGAACCCGUACCCAAACCCCAGCCUUCAGAAAGAGAUGGCCUCCGAAAUAGACAUCCAUCCAACAGCACUGCAGGUUUGGUUCAAGAACCAAAGAGCAAAACUCAAGAAAGCAAAAUGCAAGGACCUUCAGCAACAACCUCAAGCUCAACAGCAGCCAGUACCCGAGAGUGGAGUCAAGACCAGUCCCUCCCAAGAAGAUACGGACACACAACCCAGAACUCCCAGCGACAACUAUCCAAUAGCCCGUGUUUAUGCAGAUUCCCAGGCACCCUCAUACCAACUGAGCCUCUACCCCAGUGUUAAGGACCCUGCAGAUGUCUUCCUUGGUCACAGAAUAGUCCAUUUUGGCUGCUGUCAAGACCCCAACAUUUACUGCCUAUAUCCCAUUGUAGAAUCCCAGGUUGGUGCCCCCUGCUUCCCUUCUAAUGUGCCUGGCUGUAAACUUCUGCAAAGUAGGGAGAGACCCUAG